AUCUGUUCUGGGAAUCCGACCAGCGAAUCCACGUGCUGGAUGUUGUCAACCACGAAGGAAAGCGUCAUCUGAAAGAGAGACUCGGAGAAUCGGAGGCUUCCCUCCGCGCGCGAGCACUGAUCGGGGAAACUCAGCUGCUGGUGUUGGACAUCAAACUUCUGAAAACCAACAUCCUUACUGAAGCAAAUGGCAUCGAACAAUGAUCCGUUUGAGUUCCGAGAGUUUGAAGAGGAUGGGAAUCUGUUGGAGACCAACAGAGAAGCUACAACCAUCAAAAUUGAAGAUGAGGAUGUGAAGAGACAGACGAAGGCUCCUGGUUUUGUUCAUGAUGCUGAAGAUGAAUAUUCAGCCCAUUCCGAUGACAGGGAGGAGCUCCUGUCUGGACAAAAGAAAAGUGCUCCUUUCUGGACGUUUGAGUACUAUCAGAAAUUCUUCGACAUCGAGACUCAUCAUGUGAGGGAGAGGAUCCUCGGAUCACUGCUGCCUUGGCCCAGAAAGAACUUCAUUCAGUUUUACCUUCGGAAAAAUCCUGAUCUUUAUGGACCAUUCUGGAUCUGCACCACUCUUGUGUUUGCCGUUUUCAUCAGUGGGAACAUUUCCAACUUUAUGGCUGGAAAAUAUAAUCCACAGUUUCGGAAAGUAACCAUAGCUGCAACCAUGAUCUUCAGCUACGCCUGGUUUGUUCCUCUGGGCCUCUGGGGGUUCUUGCUGUGGAGAAACAACAAGAUCCUGAACUUGGUGUCGUACUCCUUUAUGGAGGUCGUCUGUGUGUAUGGAUAUUCUCUGUCAGCCUACAUACCUGCCGUGGUCCUGUGUAUCGCCCCGCUGGAGUGGCUGAGGUGGUGCAUCAUGGUGGUGGCGUUUGGCCUCUCUGGCUCCAUCCUGGUGAUGACCUUCUGGCCUGCACUAAGGGAAGACCACCCUAAGGUUGCCAUGGCGAUGGUGUCAGCCAUCGUGUUGCUGGAUGUGGUCCUGGCGGUGGUUUGUAAGAUGUAUUUCUUUAGCAGACCAGGAGCGCCUGUUGCUCCUCCUACAUCAGGCCUGAUCAAGACAAAUACAUCCUCUUCAUGAAAGCUUCACAGAGUGAAAUAUCUGGUUCUUCCGUUGCUUUAUUGGAGAGAAUCGGGUUGCUGCGCUGGUGAAGUCACGGGACGUCUGGAUUUCACGGCACUGGGAUGUGGCGGCCUAAGACUGUUUAAGAAGCCCACGCUGUGCAGCAACGUGACUUCUGGAACCCCAGUCUGCUUUUCUAAUGGGAGGGGUUGUAAACAUGCUCCAGGUGAAGUGGGCACAAAAUCUUUAUAAAGGUGGAGUUUUAAUAUUUUCAGGUUCUUCAGUUUAGGUUUAUAAAUGACCAGUUUGAGCAUGAAUGGGAUUAUGGCAAUUUAUAUUUUCCUUUUUAUGUAUAUUCCUGUUAUAGAAGCGUAUACGUUUCAAUACUGUGAGUUGAUGACUAGCUGUGGGAAAAUGGACGUGAUUGUCCUGUGAGGGUGUUUCUGAUUGCUUAGUGCCCUCAAAUGAAGCCACAUUCCUGCCUUUAUAUAGACAUCAGCACUGCUUCAUAAGUAUUCUUUGUCAUGAAAACAUCAAUACAGAAAUAAAACGUGUGGAAGUUUGUUCAUGGA